AUAGGAAGGGUAUAGACAUCACUGAGUUUCGGCAGCCUCUUCUUCUCUCACUCGUCACUCGUCACAUGACCCGCACUCCUGUACGGUAGGCCAUAUUUGACAGUGGCACUAGUUUAGCGAAGUGAGUGCGUGAAGAUCGCUCUUCAUCCCGACGUUCGUGUUUCCGACAACCUGUAAAUACUCGUGAUCUAUUUGACCUACGAGUCUUGAACGCAUCAGAAUGACCGACGAUCAGAAUAGUCCGAUUUACGCGCCGUUCUUCGGAGUAAUGGGCGCCGCCUCAGCCAUUAUAUUUUCUGCUCUAGGAGCAGCGUAUGGCACAGCAAAGUCAGGUACAGGAAUUGCAGCCAUGUCUGUUAUGAGGCCAGAACUUAUCAUGAAAUCUAUAAUUCCUGUCGUUAUGGCUGGUAUCAUUGCCAUUUAUGGUCUUGUUGUAGCUGUUCUCAUUGCUGGUGGUCUAGAUCCAAAGGACUAUACUCUUUACAAGGGUUUUGUUCAUCUCGGUGCUGGUUUAGCCGUAGGUUUUUCUGGUCUAGCUGCUGGAUUUGCCAUUGGUAUUGUUGGAGAUGCAGGCGUAAGAGGUACUGCACAACAACCUCGCCUGUUUGUUGGUAUGAUCUUGAUUCUAAUCUUCGCAGAAGUAUUGGGUCUCUAUGGUCUCAUCGUUGCUAUUUACUUGUACACCAAGUAAACAGAUUUUAGUAGCAGGAAUGUAAAACUCGUCGCCUGCAACCAACAACGCUCCCCGACUAUUAAAAUAUUACGACUUGUUUCGACAUUUUACUUAAACAUAUGUUUUCCAUACAUACUCACAUCAGCUCAUCUAAGCAUCCUUCUGUAAUACUGUAUUGAAACUGAUAUAUUAGAGUCCAAGCAUUUAAUAAGUAUAUAUUCAUUACAUAAAUGACACGAUUGUUAAAACAAAACAAAAAAUGCUGCAAGCAAGUAACAAGAGUGCUGGAAAUCUAAUUGAUUGACUAAAUAUUUUGAAUUGAAAAAUAAAUAAUUCAGUCUUGCAGGAAGAGGAUGUAUGUACAGAAGAUACACAAAAAGCAACAGGCGACAGGGGAUUAUACUGAGGAAAGACCCCAAAUAUCCCAUGUCAAACAUUUCUCUUUCACUGUAUAGUAAUCAUUUAUAGUGUAGUUUGACAUUGAAUUAUCAAUUAAGGUAAUCGGCUCUACUGAGUGUAUAAAGAAAAAAAAACUGUUAACGAUAAAAGAAUAUUUAGCACAAUUACAUAUAUUAAAUGCGAUUGAAGUGGCAGUAUACUGAUUGCAGAUGUACGUUUUUUGCGACAAACAUCUAAAUAAAAUUAUAUCUGAAUUAAAAAGUGGGAGAAAUAUGCAAAAUUGCGUCUAAGAAACAGCAUAAUAUGUGAUGAUUGUACAAACUAUAUCUUGGACGAAAA